AUGAAUAGUAAAGUUGUAAUAUAUAAUGUAUUAAUAUUUAUAACAUUGUUGGUGAUUGUAACAAAUGGACAGGUAUGCUCCAGAUGUAGAAAGCUGGGUGAGACAUGCAAUAAGAAUGUAUCAAACAUCUGUCAAAAGGGUUCAAUGUGUGUAGACACCAUUGGCAAUGCUACAUUCAAAUGUGUAACCAUACCUGGAAAUGGUGGCAACUGUUCUCUCACCAAUCUAUGCUCCGACUCCUACACCUGCAAUCCAUCCACAAAGAUUUGUGUCUCUGAGAACUAUCUUGGCACUGGCGAGACAUGUGUAAAUACAACACAAUGUAGUGAUGGUCUAUUGUGUACAAACUCAAAGUGUACGAAUCCAUCGUAUCCAACAUGUUCUUCUAGUUCUGAUUGUUUCUGGAAUGAAACUUGUGCCAAUGAUCAUAAGUGCAAGACGCCAGUUGCCAAUGGUGAACAAUGUAUGACCUACUCUGACUGUACCCAAAGCAGUAACUGUGUCAACAACAAGUGUGUCGCAUCACUCUCCGUUCAAGUUGGUGGAGUAUGCUCACUAGACAGUGAUUGUGAUAUAUCACAAGAGUUAAUGUGUAUAAACAAGACAUGUCAGGACAAGGACUUGUAUGGACUGCUCAAGUGUAACACUUCGAAGGAUUGUUCGAUGGGAGUAUGCAUGUGUGAUGGUAAUGAAGUUACUACGACCAAUGCUACUUCGAAUGGUACUUGUUAUCCAUUGCUAGAUAUGACUCGUGUGUCAAAGUCUGUUCUGGAUCAAUACUUCCAAUGUGUUGUGAACAACAAGUGUCCACAAGUUGACAAUAUCAUACCAGGUAGCUGUGCCUACAAAUGUGGUACACCAUUUUAUGCCACAUUCAAUCCACCAUGCAACAUCAACUCUGCCAUCUCAUCCAUUCAUAUCAACAACCUUACACUACUUUUAAUUAGUAUGAUAGUUAUAUUCAUCAUAAUGUUG